GGUAACUUUGAUCUGGUCGGAAACAAUUUCCCGGUCUUCUUUAUUCGGGAUGGGAUGAAGUUCCCGGACAUGGUUCAUGCACUAAAACCAAACCCCAAGUCUCACAUACAGGAGAACUGGAGGAUCCUUGAUUUCUUCUCCCACCACCCUGAGAGUCUGCAUAUGUUCACCUUCCUCUUUGAUGAUUUGGGUGUCCCGCAAGAUUACAGGCACAUGGAAGGUUCCGGGGUGAAUACCUACACCCUGAUCAACAGGGGAGGGAAAGCACACUAUGUGAAGUUUCACUGGAAACCAACUUGUGGUGUGAAAUGUCUUUUGGAGGAAGAAUGUGUUAAGGUUGGGGGCGCUAAUCACAGCCAUGCGACCCAGGAUCUCUAUGGCUCAAUUGCAGCCGAAAACUACCCAGAGUGGAAACUCUUUAUCCAAACUAUGGAUCCAGAUCACGAAGACAGGUUUGACUUUGACCCGCUUGAUGUGACCAAGACAUGGCCAGAGGACAUAUUGCCAUUGCAGCCAGUGGGGCGUUUGGUUUUGAAUAAGAACAUUGACAACUUCUUUGCAGAAAACGAGCAGCUUGCGUUCUGCCCUGCCAUUGUGGUUCCUGGCAUCUAUUACUCUGAUGAUAAGAUGCUCCAGACACGGAUUUUCUCGUAUUCUGAUACCCAACGGUACCGCCUUGGCCCAAACUAUCUCCAGCUUCCUGUAAAUGCUCCCAAGUGUGCUCAUCACAACAACCACCAUGAUGGUUUUAUGAAUUUCAUGCAUCGGGAUGAGGAAGUAAAUUAUUUCCCAUCGCGGUAUGAUGCUUGUCGGCACGCUGAACAGUACCCUAUUCCUCCACGUGUGCUGACCGGAAAGCGUGAGAAGUGCAUAAUUGACAAGGAAAACAACUUCAAGCAACCAGGAGAGAGAUACAGAUCAUGGACACCAGAUAGGAAAGAAAGAUUUAUUCGGCGAUGGGUUGAGGCAUUGUCUGACCCACGAGUCACCCAUGAAGUGCGCAGUAUUUGGAUUUCAUACUGGACUCAGACGGACAAGUCUCUUGGUGAGAAGGUAGCUUCGCAUCUCAACGUAAGGCCAACCAUGUGAUUGUCCAAAAAACAAAAGUCAGUUUCUGUUGCUUGCUUACAAUGAUGAUAUGAUAUAUAAUUACCUCCCUGCACGGCUGCACGUAGAACGGAAUAAUUUGCCAUUUGGUGUUGUAUUUUGUACGUAGCCAACAAAUCCUAUGUAACUUAUUAUGUCUCUGACAUCAAUUGUGCUGGAUUGCUGGAAAUUUCUGUCUUUAAUUGUUGUCUCCUGAUCCUGAAGGAUCUUCUUAUCUCUUACCUACGUUCUGGUGGUUUAAGGUAACGUUUGACACGUGAUUGAAAGCUCAAAAUUCAAUUCUUCUUCCCAAC